GGCUCCCAUCUUCCCUCUUUUAGUUACUGUCUGCACACACUCACAAAGGAAUGGCAAAUCUGGGCAUUUCGCUCAGCUUAGGCUUAUUAAUAUAUGCUCAUGCUAUGGAUGUCACGGCAUUAUGGCCAGGAGCAGGACCAACAAGAUAUUAUGAAUUCAGGGUGCAAACCAUGAAGCUCAAAAAACUAUGUCAGACCAACAAAAUUGUGACCAUCAACCAGAUGUUUCCUGGACCAGUUGUGUAUGCUCAAGAGGAUGACCGAGUGAUUGUAAGGGUCAUCAAUGAGACUCCAUAUAAUGCCACAGUCCAUUGGCAUGGUGUGAGGCAGAUGCUGUCAUGCUGGUCCGAUGGUCCUUCUUAUAUCACGCAAUGCCCCAUUCAAUCGGGACAAACAUUCACCUAUGAGUUCAGUCUUGUGAAGCAGAAGGGAACACUUAUGUGGCAUGCUCAUUUCUCAUGGCUCCGAGCAACUGUUUAUGGUGCCAUUGUUAUAUACCCUAAGCUCGGGGUUCCAUAUCCUUUUAAAUCACCUCAUGAAGAGCACAUCAUAAUUUUAGGGGAAUACUGGAUGAGAGAUGUCGUAAAGCUUGAGCAGGCUGUUAUAGCAGAUGGCGGGGUUCCUCCACCAGCAGAUGCUUUUACAAUCAAUGGCCAUCCAGGUCCUAACUACAAUUGCUCCGACAAUGAUGUAUACAAGAUUGAUGUUGUUCCGGGCAAAACAUACCUCUUGAGGCUAAUAAGUGCAACACUGAACACAGAGAGUUUCUUCACAAUCGCUAAUCAUAAGAUAACAAUUGUUGAGGCGGAUGGGGAGUAUGCCAAACCAUUUACCACAGACCGUGUAAUGCUAGGACCUGGACAGACGCUCAAUGUUCUUGUUACCGCAAAUCAACCCAUAGGAAGAUAUUCUAUGGCCAUGGGACCGUACAUUUCUGGCAAAAACGUGUCAUUUCAAAAUAUAUCUUCACUAGCUUACUUCAAUUACUUAGGAGCCUUGCCAAAUAGUGCAGCAGUUGCAGCUAGUCUACCUCGCUUUAAUGAUAAUCUUGCGGUUGCAACAGUGAUGGAUGGGCUCAGAAGCCUCAAUUCAGGUGAUGUACCAAAAGAGAUUGAUGAAAAUCUUUUCUUUACCAUAGGAUUGAACGUUGAAAAAUGUCAGUCCAGCAAUCCUAAGAAAAACUGCCAAGGGAACAAUGGAGGUGUCAUGGCUGCAUCAAUGAACAACAUAACUUUUACCAGGCCUAAUGUUUCAGUUCUGCAAGCUUACUACAGCAAGAUUAAUGGACUAUUUACAGAGGAUUUCCCAGGGGUGCCAUUAAAAUUCUAUGAUUUUGUGAAUGGGGCACCAAAUACAGCUCCUAACAACACUCAGUCAUUAACUGGAACAAGGACCAAAGUUCUUGAAUUCGGGACCAGGGUUCAACUUAUUUUGCAGGAUACUGGUACAGUCACAACAGAGAAUCACCCGGUUCAUCUUCAUGGCUACAGCUUCUAUGUCGUAGGAUAUGGCACUGGGAACUACAAUCCACAGUCGUCAAAAUUUAACCUAGUGGAUCCCCCUUAUAUGAACACCAUAGGAGUUCCUGUAGGUGGAUGGGCAGCCAUUCGUUUCGUUGCUGACAAUCCAGGGGUAUGGUUUAUGCACUGUCACCUGGAGAUACAUUUGACAUGGGGUUUGUCCACUGUAUUCAUAGUGAAGAAUGGGAAAGGUCCGCUUCAGACCCUUCCUCGUCCUCCAGCAGACUUGCCAAGAUGUUGAAGAGAUAAAUUCUUUUUCUUUUAGUUAUUGGAGGUGCAUUUUUACUAGUAAUUUUUAUUAUUACAAAAACAUUUUUGUAUUUCAAGGAAAAAGAUUGGAUGGAAUAGGAAUUAUUGGGGGAAUUGUACUUGCAACAUUUUGCCUUCACUAACAAUAGAAUUGCAAGAAAUGAUUAAAAUUU